AUGGCGACAAAGGCGGGAUUCGUUCGUUUACUGGGCGCGUGCGCCAUGCUCGCGCUACCGACAUGCUCAUUGUACCUUGAAUCAGACACUGCUUCCUCACAUUCCACACACACAAGAAACCUUGCGUUCAUCCAGCCUUGUUCUCCAAGGUUAUCCAGACAUAGAGCAGGGCGGGAAGCUAUUUCAAAGAGCGCAGGGGCAGAGACAUGCAUGUUGAGCGGAAGACAUCUUGGACCCACCAUCGACGAGAUCAGAGAGAUUCGCUUUCAGGAAGAGAAGCAGAUCCAAGCGUCGAAGUUCGAUUCAAGAGAAUGCCAGGAAAACGCAGAAGAUGGCCUCGUUGCCUACUCGGGCCAGGACAAGGGACCACAGAGGCGUCAUCUGGGACCAACUUUGGAGGAAGUUCUAGAGAUCAAACGGUUGGCCCGAGACAGGGGGUUCUCACAAAGAGGUCCAAACGACGAUGACUGUGUGGAGUCGAAUGCUCAUGAGACAGAUCCGAACAGUCCGAGCCAGGAACAGAUCAAGGUUUUGAAGAACUACGGCAUUUCGAUUAUUCCUUCGACCAAGAUUGAGGCCUCACUGCUCAUCAGGGAAAUGAGAGACAUGCAGAUUGCAGAGAGAUUCGGUUUGUCGACACUGAACAAGUGA